CCUAGCCUCUAUUCCUUGCCGCAUGCUGCAGUAACCGAAACUGUCAUACACACGGUUGUCCAGGUGUCCAGUUCUGCACAGUUAUUUCGUUUUUCAGCAAUGUGGCUCACACGCACGCUUCAGCAACUAUCUCCAAAGGCGAAGACGCUAAUGCAAGAAAUGUUAUCUGAGGCGAACAAGUUCCGAGAUUACAAUUUCAGAGUUUAUUUUACUCGCAAAAUAAAGAACUCCUUCAGCGAAAUCGAAGCAGCCACGAACAUUUCGGAUAUCGACAGGUUGAUGGAAGAAAACGUUAAACUACUUGGAAUCCUUCGCCGCCAAACCACAUUAAAUAACUUUUUCCCUCCUAAUAAGUCUGCUAUCGAAUGA